GCCCGGGCCUGGGCUCCGCUGCCGCGUCCGCGGGGUCCUGGGGGUCCCCGCCCGCCUGUCCUGGAGCCCUAGCGGCGCCCGAGCGCUUGGAGAGCAGGCUCCCCGACAUGGGUCGUCCCUGGGUGACACCCCCUUACUGCGCCGGGGUGCAAUCGCUCCCUCAAGUGUCGCAAGGGAGAGCCCCCGAUGCAGCCCUUUGGACGCCGUCCCAAGCCUGUUUCGGAACGCAGACAUCCCCACAGCCCAGGAACCAGGCCACGCCCUGGACACCGCCCCCCACGGCCCCGGAGGUGGCUGCCAUGUACCAGGGUAUCUCUGGGUCUCAGGAAUCCAGUCUGUUGCCAGAAAACCCACCCCUCCUGCCCCGCCCAACAUACCAGAGACUCCAGCCUCAGACCCAGUGGGGAUGCUGGAGCCACAGUGCAGAGGUGCUGCCCAGCUCGGAGGACCAGGAACCAGGCCCUGCCUUCCAGCCUAGUGAUGAAAGCCCUCUCCAGAACUCAGGCCUGCAGCUCAGUGGCUGCCCUGAACUUUGGCAAGAAGAUAUAGAGGGGGGUCAUUUAGGCAUCUUCUACUAAUGGCCUUGCCUGUCCCCUUUCCAGCUAGGAGUCAGUCCCAUAGCGUGGGCCCCUCAUUUGUGACGUCAGUGGCUUUUGAGCUUUACUUUAGCCAAGAAUCCGUUUUUCAAGUGAUAUCUUUCAUGGAAGCAGUGUCUGAAACAUAACUGGUGGCCUCCUGGGCUGGGGCUGGGGCAGUGCCCUCCACUCCUUGCCACCCCCCAGAAUGACCAGUGCCCCGCAGAGCAUAGCCUGAGCUAUAGUAAGACAGUAGCUGCUUGACCAUGAGG